AUGUGUAACAGUAAAGUUUCAGCAGUUCAUGAUAGUAGUGUUCAUUUUGAUGAGCACUUAUUCACGGCGAGUUUGGAAAAUUCGUCAGAUGUUAUUCAUCAACUAACUACAAAACCACCACCUGAACAGUCAAAUAAAAAUGUACGAUUGUCAUCCACAGUAUUUCCAUAUUCCUACGAUUUACUUCUUCAAGUUCAUAUCCACUUAAAUGAAUCCAAAGACUUUUUCUUCAAUGGAACUGUGACAAUAAAUGUUAUCAGUACUGUGUCAACCAAAGAAUUCUUUGUUCAUGCGUACCAUAAUCUGAAUAUAAGCUUGGAUCAAGUUCGUGUUGGAAUCGUUCGCCACAAAGAUUUUCAUUCCCUGUCAAACAUGGCUUUACAGAGCACAGAAAUACUCGAUAAUAACUGGCGUCUAGAUCGGUAUGAACCAAGUGUAAAUAUGUCUUCAUAUUUGUUAGCAUUUGUAGUCUCACAAUUUUCCAAAAUUGAAGGCAAAGAUUCCAGAGGAAGAAAUUAUGGUUUUGGUGAUUAUGCUAGACACAGUUUAACUUUUUCAUUCAAUCAGUUUACUGUCUGGGCAAGGCCUAAUAAAAUAAACUCAGCCAAGUAUGCGUUUGAUAUCGGUAGGAAAAUCAUCACCUACUUUGAAGAUUAUUUUGGAGUUCCCUAUCCACUUUCAAAAAUGGAUAUGAUUGCUGUUCCCAACUAUGAAGGUGGUGCAAUGGAAAACUGGGGUCUAAUCACUUAUCGAGAAUCUGCAUUGUUAUGGGAUCCAGAAACUGAUUUAGCCUGGACAAGGUAUUGGGUAGCUAGUAUUGUUUCUCAUGAGCUUGCCCAUCAGGAUGAAGCAUUUCCAUUAUAUGACACACAAACAGCAUUGGCAUUUGAUUCUUCUGCAUAUUCUCAUCCAGUUAUUCACUCUGUUAAUUAUCCUCACGAAAUAGCUGAGAUGUUUGACUCCAUUUCUUACAGUAAAAUGUAUUUGCGACAAAACAAGUACAAAAAUAUAGAUGAUGGAGAUUUAUGGAGUGCUUUAGCUAGAAGUAUUUUUAACUGUAAUCUUAGUUCUGAAACAAAGUCUAACUCAACAGGAAGAUAUCCACUUAGUAAAAGCAGUGAACGUAGCACUUGGUCAACGACUUCUAUACCUAAUGGUGAUGAUCUUCUAACUGUCUCCUAUUCCAAUAGUAAAAUGUGUCUUUAUUAUCCUCCUAAUUCUACUUACCCUGCUGAAAUUAGUUCAAUGACCACAACACUGGAUAUUGAUUGGAAUGAUUGGUAUGUAUUGAAUAUCAAACAAGCUGGAUUUUAUCGAGUUCAUUAUGCAGAUAAUAACUGGCAAUUAUUGACAGAUCAGUUACACAAGGAUCCGAAGGCAAUCCCAGUUUAUUCACGUUUACAAGUGUUGGAUGAUUUGUUCAAUUUGGCCGAGCAUGCCACUGUAUCGUAUACCACCUUCUUAGACAUGACGAAUUAUUUGCACAGAGAGGAUCAUCAUUUAGUUUGGAAACUUACCAGGAGCAUCUUGUUCUAUAUUGAUCGUAUGCUUACAUUUGACAAGAAUUAUGGAACUUUCCAGACAUAUGUACGUUCUCUUCUAAAGGAACCACUUGCAAAUAUGGAUUGGCGAACUUUGAGAGAAGAUAAAAAUAUUGAAAAGUUCAUAGCACCUGGUUUGAGACGAGCUGCUUACUGUACAGCUAUUCGUAUUGGUAAUAAAACGGAAUGGGAGUUUUUAAAACAUCAACUAUUAGUAGAUGAUAUUGAAGAAGUUGAAAAGACAAAUAUUUUGCAUGGAUUAUCCUGCUCCCGUCACGCAGAGACCAUGAAAAUAUUAUUUGAAAUGAUUGAACAAGAUGAAAGUAUAUGGUAUGCUAUUUCUUAUUUCGUUACAUCUCCUAUUGGUAAUCAAAUCUUAUGGGAUCACGUUCAAGAAACACUGAAGUCUGUAGUGGAAAGAACUUCGGAAAGAUGGAUAAAGUAUCAAAAUGUCUAUGCACUAAAAUUAUCUAGAAAAGAUAAAGACGCAAUGGGAGCAGAUAAAUAA